AUGGCCGGGCAGCCAGCCGAGCCAGUAAUUGUCGGGUCGUCUCGGUGGACGAAGGAGAUGACAUGGUACCGUGGGUACGACGGUGAGGUUGUGUGGAUGCCUGUGGUGCCGGAGAGGGUGCAUUCGCGAUUUCACGGCAAGCCGAGAGCCCCACGUGCAUCUCUGUCCUCCUCGGCGAGCGCUCCACGUGCAUCUCUGCCCUCUUGGCGACAACACCAUGAACCUGCUCGUUCUCGCUCGGCGCCGCCUAUUCUCCAGGCCGCACAGAGGAGUAGCGCCAGCUCAGCCAUCGUGCCCGGGGUGGCAGCGGUUGACCUGUCUGGAGACUCUGUCGCCGAUGACAGUCAGCUGAGCAACAUCGAGCUCAACCUGGACAACCUCCGACAAUCAAUCGUCCAGCUCGCCGUCCGGCAUCGACAAUUCGGCAACUACUACCAUUCCUUACCGCUGAAAGUCCAGACGCAUGCUGAGCCUCCGGAUGAAUUCAGGAGGCCUCUGCGGGAAGAGCUCGCUGUGGCGAUGGAUGGGACAAUUCCGGAGAUGAUUGUCCUUCUGCGCAAGCUUGAAAAGGAGAUGGAGAGGAUUCAGCUGAGCGUCGCUCGCUGCAAAGAGUCAGGAGACCAGGCAGCUGCGACCAUCCUGAGUGAGGUGCACUGCCAGAUCGAGCUGGCGCAGAGCAUGGUUAGGGAUGGGACAGCGAGGAUGGACGAGGUGAAUGUCGCGAUCACUUGGCUGAAGGACAAGGAGAUCAAGGCGAAGAGAGAAGAUGGAGGGGAGGUGAAGGAGGCCAAGAAGCCGAGGAAGCAGAGAAUGAACAGGGAGAGAGCAUGGAAGGAGUCUUUACCUGGUGUCUGCUUUGGGUGA